AUCUCGGAAUCUGCGUCCGUCGGUCCGUUACACGUGUCGCGCCUCUGCUGCUAGCUGCCCUGCUUCAGCUGCAUAUAGAUACAUAAUAAUCAAAACUGCAGCAUAUUCAUCGACACAGAUAUAUAAGGUUUACGGCGUUUCUCGGCUGAGAAGGUGAGGAUAAGUGACGCCGGUGAAGUGGAGUCUGUGAUCCUGUGGAGUCUGUGGUCCUUUCCGGACAGUCUAAUUCAAUCCAAUCAUCAUCGUCGGCCAACGGCAUAAGCGCUGCAGCAAAGUGUAGUGAGUGUUCUGGUGACUUCCGUUUGAUAUUUGGUUUGCUUGGAGCUUUGGGUUUUGGCGAAACUUAGUGAAGAUCUCUCUGAGUAAAGGAAUACAUUACAGUGAGUGGACGGGUAGAAAUUGAUAUUCUUAAUUAAAUAUUAAACCGAGUGAUCAGCCGUGGGGUAGACGAAACGGAGCCAAGCUUUUCGGUGACCGAAAAGCAAGGAUAUAAGGAGGAUAUCGUAAUUUGGCAAGUGGUGGUGAUACUUUUUGAGGCAGCAUAUGUACAGUGGAAAUGGCCAAUUCGUUUAAUGAAAUUGUGUAAACACUGGUGGAAUCGAAUAGAUUGAAUUCGGUUGAAGAAAAGCAAACGGUGGUAUUGUUCAUUAAUUAAACUCGUGUUUGCUGAAAACGUCUUGGAAGUUCUUGGAUCUCGGUGGUCUAUUCAACAUACUGAGGUUAUAAAUUGUGCAGCAUUUGACAGUUUGUGUUAACAACAAGUUCGAUUUGGAUGAAACCAGAGACAAGGGAGUAGCAUUGUCGUGCCCCACAAAAUCUCUGCAAAAUCAACCAAUUGGUGAUCAAAUGAAAAUAUUCAACAUCAAAAGAUUGUGGAAAAAAUAUUAGUGCAUUUGUGAAGUUUCAAUCAUUCGGUCAAAUUUUCAAGUGAAUGUUCAAAACUACUGAGACUGUGUGAUCUAGUGAAGUGCAACUGAGGGAAAGAAAUACUAAAGGAUUACAUCAUACCUAAAAUAUAGGUAUUGCAGGCUAAGAAGAACAUUUUGCGUUGCGCCAAGGAGCACAUAGGAAGAAAGGUGUCCAUCGGAAACUGUUCAACCUUUGCUAAUCCGUUGUUUCGUUCUGGAUUAAGACGACCGCUGCAGGCAGGCAAAUGCCGCUAUCAUGUUUCUAUAAUCAAUAAAAGAUGGUAGACGAUCUGAGUUGAUAAAUAUGGAUUUCAAGGAAAUAAUACUGCUGCUAUGUUUGGUUUUAACAUUAGCUCGAGCAACACACAAAGAUAAUAGAGGCUUGAAUGAAACAUUGAGCAGUUGGAAACCAUCAGGAACGGAUUCGGAGGAUGAAGACGAUGAAGAAGUACAGAAACGUGCGAAGGCUCAGGGUUGGUCAUCGUGGACCGAAUGGUCAACAUGCUCCAGAUCUUGUGACGGUGGCGUAGCAUAUCAGCUACGGCGCUGUCACGCUCCCCAUGGCUGCAAAGGAGAUGCCGUUCGGUAUAAGAUCUGCAACAUGCAGCCAUGUCCUGAACAGCAGGACUUUCGGGCCCAUCAGUGCUCAGCGUACGACGAUGUGCCCUACGAUGGAGCACUGCUCAAGUGGACUCCCCACUACGAUUAUUCGGAGCCGUGCGCUCUGACGUGCAGGGGUCGACCUCAACAUCUGCUGGAGGAUAUGCCAGAUUCGGCAUCAGCCAGCGAGUCCUUUCCACCGGUGGCGGGAGAUGAUGAGCCUAGUGUAAUAGUGCAGCUUUCUAACCGAGUGCAGGAUGGAACCAGAUGCCGACCGGGCAGCUUGGACAUGUGCAUCCAGGGCAAGUGCCAGCGUGUCGGCUGUGACCUCAAAAUUGGUUCAACGAAGAAAAUCGACGUCUGUGGAGUGUGCGGCGGCGAUGGGACAUCCUGCACUCAACCUCUGUACCAAUGGGAGAUAGCACCGAUGUCUCUCUGCUCAGUCACCUGUGGAGGCGGAUACAAAAUGGCGAUGCCCACCUGUAGGAACCGAGUGACAGGAGUAGACGUAGAAGAAUCCUUGUGCAAUGCCUCGUCACGACCAGAGCCCACUGUUGUCCAGUGUAACACGCACCUCUGCCCACCCAAAUGGGUGACCGACGAGUGGCGACCUUGCUCCAAAUCCUGCGGAGGUGGCAUCCGAGAGCGGGUGGUUGUCUGCGCCGAGGAGAGUAACGGUGCUAAAAACAAAGUCCCGGAUGAGGCUUGCCGGGGCGUUCGACCGAAAAGUCAGGAAACGUGCAACGUUCAGGAGUGCCCCAAAUGGGUAGCUGGCGAGUGGAGUGGGUGUUCCGUGUCGUGCGGCAGCGGUAUCCAGAUCCGCAGCGUCGAGUGCAUGGACUCGAGUGGUCACUUCAGCAACCAGUGCGACCACAAAUCUAAGCCCUCCACCGGCCAGCAGUGCACCACCGGUAUCGGCUGUACCGGCGAUUCGUCUGCUUCGUCAGCUCUAACCGCGGUAAUUGCCCCGCCAGCGGGGGCGCCAUCGCCCGUGCCAGGCCUAACGUCGCUGGAUAGCAAUGUGGCGUCGCAGCUGAAGGAAAAGUUAUCGCACUCCGAACGGGACCCCACGCUGAUGACGUACAACGAUCAACCCUACUACGCUCAACCGCUCCGGCAGGAUCGACUACCGAAGGCGGAGAAAAUUGUUUCCCAACGAGUGCCGAGCGAGGCAACGUUCAUUCAAGACACCGAAUGGUCCCCGUGCAGCGUCACAUGCGGCGAGGGUAUCCGACGGAAGCCAUUUCGGUGCAAGAUAUUCCUGGAAUUCUCCAAGCGAGUGGCAACCCUCAAUGACUCGCUGUGCCACUCGUACAAACCCUUGGACGAAGUGGAACGCUGCGUCAUGGAGCCUUGCUCGUACUCGCACAACUUUGAGGAGUCGUAUUUGAAGGAUGGUAAUCGACAAAACCUGGACGGAAUCAAAGUUCAAGCCGCCGUACCUGGAAAGACCUACUCGUGGAGAGAGGAGGGUUAUACGAGCUGUAGUGCUUCCUGCUUAGGAGGCGUCGAAGAGCUCAUUAUCAAUUGUAUAAGAGACGACACCGGAAAAAUUGUGUCGCCGUUCUUGUGCUCUCCGGAAACCAAGCCGGAAGCUCGGAUACGAACGUGUAACGACAUACCAUGUCCACCUCGGUGGAACUAUUCAGAGUUUACACCGUGCUCGAAGUCCUGCGGGUUCGGGAUUCAAACGCGCGAGGUAACCUGCAUCCACGAAGUGACACGUGGUGGAGAGAACACAAUGAUCGUCCCGAACAGUAUGUGUACUACGAAACCUCAACCGGAUCGGCAGUAUUGCAAUAUAAUCGAUUGUCCUGUUCGGUGGGAGGUAUCCGAAUGGAGCAAGUGUUCAAAACCAUGCGGAGGAGGAAUCAAAGAACGACGGGUUGAGUGUAAGCAAAUCAUGGCACAAGAACACAAAGUGGAACGACCGGCGUCAAUGUGCCCCAGCAGUAAACCCCCAGACAAAAAACCAUGCAAUACUAAGGCUUGCGCUCCGGAAGACCAACGACCUCCAAUCGCCGGCACUAAUUCAACAUUCAUUCAGCACGACCCCAAGAAGAAUAAAAUCACACUGAAGAUCGGUGGCGCAGCUACCGUAUUUUUUGGAACGCAAAUCAAAAUCAAAUGUCCAGUAAAGCGGUUCAAUCGUACAAAAAUCCGAUGGAGUAAGGAUCAAACACCGUUGAUUAAAUCUAAGAAGAUCAAAAUUUCCAAGAAAGGAGCGCUGCGGAUCAUCGACGUUACGUUCAAAGAGGCGGGAGUCUACACAUGCCACGCCGGUCUGAGCCAUGCAGACCUCAGACUAGCGGUCAAACCGAAGCCAGGAGGAGUACAUAACCAUGACGAAGACCGGGAAAGGCUUCGAGAGGGUGCUGGUUUGAAUGCACUGAGGGACCACACGUAUGUAGCGUCACAAAAUAGGAGUGACGAAAAAGGAGGGCGGCGGAAUCGUGAUCGAAAUCGAGGGAAAAACAGACAACGACAGCCACCUGAUAUCGUCCAAAAUGCUGAGAGUAGCGUUAUGGAAGACGAGGAGAUAUUGAGGUCCCAUUCCCAAAUGACCGCUGCGGAUAGUACGCUCGCACCCGAUGCGGCAGUAGCAGCUAGUUCCGGCACCCGAACGAUGCCGAUGCCACACUUUCAGCAUUUACUGGCUAGCUUGCAGUUUCUCUGGCCAUUUCAGACUUUUACCAACUCGAAAGGUCAUCAGAUGCUUAUGGAGCACGAGUAUAGUCAUCUAGAUUCGGAACGGGCCGAAAAGGACGAACCAGUCAAGCCGUUCAACAUCUACGAAUUGCUGAAGUCCAGGGAUAACGGCGCCAGCGGAAGCGAUGAUCCAGCCCACUAUGAUGCUGAUCGGGCUGCGGCCCUGGAGAGCAUCGAGUUCGAGUGGAUGACGACACCGUGGUCGGAGUGCUCGCAAAGCUGUGGCGCCAAUGGGAGUGGUUAUCGGCUCCGAUCUGUCCGCUGCAUGGUUCAGAUGGUGAAUACUUCUUACACGGUGGACAACAGUCUUUGCGAAGACGCUGGAAUCGUAAUCCCGGAAACGGUGGAAAAAUGCGGCAACGUGGAUUGUCCUCGAUGGGUAUCCACAGAAUGGUCGCUCUGUUUGCAAUCCAAGUGCUUCGCUUGGCAUACGGCUCUGCAGAAGCGGGACGUAUUCUGCAAGUUUGGUAACGUAAGCAGCAGUGAGCGGUGUGAUGAUCAGGAGAAGCCGGUCACAAAGCAGGAAUGCUACAACGAAAUGUGCAAAGGCGUCUGGCGAGUGGAGCCCUGGUCAGAGUGCAACGCUGCAUGCGGUGGCCAGGGCAUCAAAUACAGGAUACUGCAGUGUGUCUGGUACGGUACCAAAAAGCCGGCUGGCAACGCAUGUAGGGAUCAGCCGCGACCUGCCGUGAUGAAAGUUUGUAAAGGACCACCUUGUAUUUCAAACCCCUCGGAGUGCAAAGACUUAUCGAAGUAUUGUAGAAAUGUAAAAACAAUGGGCCUAUGUAGACUGCAUCGUUACCAGCAACAAUGUUGCAAAACUUGUAGGUUUAAUAUUUAUAACUAAAGUAUUCUGCGCCGACAUCCAAACUAAGUAACUGCAGCAACGGUAAGAUGCAGUGAAAUCGAUACGGGGAACCAACGCUAACAGACAAGCAGUGCAACAGAUUGGUUGAUUGUUCCAACGAAGACACUACCUACCUAAAAUACAAGAAAACGAAAUCCUACCAAAACCAAAAUGACUUUGUAGCGAGCCUGGGACCGCUUCGAUCUUGUUGAUAAGAGGAGCUUCAAAAAAAAAAACAGAAGGACGUGUAUAUUAUAUUUGACAUGUAUUACAUAAGUUUAACUGAACCGAUAACGAUAACUGAGGGAAAGGCCAAUGAACGAAAUGAUUAUAUUUAGACAAAAAUAUGACAUUUACUGUGCUUUAAUCGAAGAAUCUUUAUUUAUAAGGAUUGCUAGGAGGCAAUAGAUGUAAAUAGCUAUCUUGAAAAGAAAAUACAGAAUUUAAAAUUAACAAAUGAAGAUACUAGGAUAAUCAAGGAUAUAUCGAUAGGCAAAUCGAAACGAAUGAACGAUCACGAGUUUUGUUUGAAUUUACAGUAUUUCGGCUCUUGGUAAUUUACGUAAAAUCGAGUAAUGGCCAAACACAUCAAAAGUUCUUGGUAUAACUUCUGAGGAGUACUUUUGAACUUCAAAACUACGAAUUGUUCCUCCGAAAACAUGUAACCAUCCACAUUAAGAACCAUCAAUAUUAAAUUGAAUGACCACGCUGUUGUAAUACACGCAAAAGAGGAACGAAGCUAAGCGCCUAAGUUUUUACUAUCCACAACUCAUCUAGAUUUUUAUCAUUCAUUCCCUUCGUACGUUUUAAGACAAGUUUCAUGUUCAAAUUACAUCUUAGAUAAUUGGAAACGAGUUCACCGACAAAUCCACACAAACCAUUUUAGGAAAAACAAAAACAAAACUCGGUUGAGAGAAACUAAAACUCAACCUAAAACAAUUCAAUACACUAACUUUAAACACUUUCGAAUAUCGAAUACCAUACCUUAGUACCGUUUCUAAUAAGCGAAGUGAAAAUGGAAACUAUCCAACAUUCCUAUUCGGCGGAACAGUCCGGAACGCAAAUAAGCAUCCUGCCUUUCAAUUAUCUUCAAUUAACUUGUAUUACUGCAUCAAUUGAUGGUUGGACAGAAGGGUUUUUCUUCGCAGGCAUAUGAUUGAAGGAAUAAAUUCUUAAGUUUUUGUGUCUCGAAACUGAUAGGUCUAACGGAAAGUGAGAAAGAAACAUGAUAAGGUUAAACCAAAAACAAAAAGCACGCUAGGGAGCGUCAAAUGUAUAGCAAUCAUACGUCCAAUCCAUACUCAGUUACUAGGGAUGACCUGAGCUACCAUUUACAUUACAUUGUUUGAAAGUUGUGUACAAAUGAAGUGAACCGAAUGCUAAAUGAUGGGGUUUUGUUCUCGACUAAAAUCAUUCUUUUUUUUGUUGACGAUUCUGCAGCAAUCCACUACUGAAGCAAUUCGAGUCAAUUAUUAUAGAUGAUGUGUCCUUUGGAUUGAUGUUUUUAAAGGUAGUUAAAUAAUUGAGAUCUUUAUUUUUCGUUUCAUCACAAACAUUGGAAAGUGUGGCAUAUGACGUACAAAGCCCAAAAAAUAAUAAUAAUAAUAAUACACAUUUUAAUUUAUAUCGCCGCGGAUCACGAUUUGAGCAAUUUUAUCGAGUAUCAGUCAACUAACCGCUUGAUUGCUUAUGACCAAACAGGUUCAGCUGAUCUACGGCAGCUUUAAUUGACAUCCAUUAAAACUU